GCUUUAUUUCUGUUCUCCAGCUGAAGGUCAAAGUCUCCACUGAGGUGGGCAUAACCAAUAUGGAUCUGUCGGUGGUGGACAAGGACCAGAGCAUUGGACCAAAGACAACCAGGGUGGAGUAUCCCUCAAAGGCGAAGGGUGCUUUCACUGCAGACAGCCACCAGAACUUUGCGCUGUCCUUCCAGCUCGUGGAUGUUAACACCGGUGUGGAGCUGACCCCUCACCAGACCUUUGUGCGGCUCCAUAACCAGAAAACGGGCCAGGAGGUGGUGUUUGUUGCUGAGCCUGACAGCAAGAAUGUGUACAAGUUCGAGCUGGACACGGCUGAGAGGAAGUCUGAGUUUGACUCCAUAUCCGGCACCUAUGCGCUGUACCUGAUUGUGGGUGAUGCCACCCUGGAGAACCCAGUCCUCUGGCAUGUGGCUGACGUUGUGCUGAAGUUCCUGGAUGAAGAGGCUCCCUCUGUAAUCCAGUCCAAAAACCUCUACACUCCCAAACCAGAGAUUAAGCAUUUGUUUCGGGAGCCAGAGAAGAAGCCACCGACUGUUGUAUCCAACGCCUUCACAGCCCUGGUCCUCUCGCCACUCCUUCUGCUCCUCAUCCUGUGGUUCAAGCUUGGGGCGAACAUUUCGAACCUCAGCUUCUCCCCCAGCUGCAUCCUGUUCCACCUGGGACACGCCGCCAUGCUGGGCCUGAUGUACGUCUACUGGACUCAGCUCAACAUGUUCCAGACUCUGAAGUACCUGGCGGUCCUUGGCAGCCUCACCUUCCUGGCUGGCAACCGGAUGUUGGCACAGAAGGCCGUGAAGAGAACCGGGAAUCUACAAUAACACAAGCUUGAAGACUGAAGAUUUUUUUUUGUUUCAAAAACUACAAAAAAGAGAGAAAUGAUUUUGCUGUUCAAGUUUCUGUGGGACUGUUAUUUUUUGCCGAUUGGAGAUGAUGAGGGAGUACUUGACUACGUUAUGGUGUGGGAGUGGGUUUAGAGUUUGGAUCAUCUGCAGCUCUGCUGUGUGGGGUUAGUAGCUCUGCACAAGAUGGAGUCAAGGUAGACAAGUACCCCAUCUGUCCAAAUUGUCCUCUAUUAUUGCUGUUUUAUAAUGCCACCCCCUCUUAUUGCCAGAUUCAAUCCCUGUCCACACCUUGGUGCUGUACAGAAGGAGAUGUGUACUUGAGAGAUGACCAUUGGAAUGGUUUUUGUUUCUUUUGUACUUUUUGUACUGUAGAGAUCACAGGUGAGCACCAAGGUACUCCAGAUGUUUCUUUGGGCUAAAACAUCUGAACUUUGUUAAUCGGCCAGUUUUCAUUCUGCAGUGCAACAUGGUAUUUUGGAGUCCUGACAGUACGGACUGCAGAUUCAAGGUAAAAUAUGUAUUUGCUCAUACCACGAUUGUAAGCGUCGUGAAGAACUUUGGACCUCUUUGAGGUACUUCAGUAUACUUUGCAUUUCACAAGUCACACUGUUGUUUAACUUGUAACACCUAUGUAAUAAUGUUUUAGGGUUUGAAGUCAGGUUUUCUGAGCGAUUUGUUUCGUGCCAUUAAUACAUUCCUUUUGUACACAUGUUGCUCACCUGUGUCUGCAUUUGCAUCACCUUUUCUGCUGCAGUCGUACACUGUGUCAUCGCUAAACGUUCACUUAUGGAUUGCACAUGUGGUCACCGUGGACAGUGACUGGGGAGGCUGGUUGAUGUAUUUUUUUCUUGAUGUUAAGCAACAGUGGGCCAUGUGUGACAGGUGUGCCGAGCAGCUCGAAGGUGUGGGUGUGAUGUGCUGAAUGGCCUUCUCCGGCCCCCUCGAACCUCAAGCCUGCUAGGAACAAGACAGCACGGGGCUGAGACACUUGAUCUCAGCCAGUGGAGAUUUUUGUACUUAAGAGGGAAUAAAAAAACCAACGGGG